AUGUCGCUGCCUCCCCGCGAAGCCGCGGCCGGGUCGAUCGUGGUGGCGGUGCGCAAGCGGCCGAAGCUGAUGCCCAAGGAGGCGGAGGAAAACGACGUGGUGCGCUGCGAGGCCGCCACCACCGUCGUCGUCUACGAGCCGAAGAUGAAGGUGGACCUGACGCCCGUCAUUGAGCCCGCCAUCUUCAGCUUCGACCACGUCUUUGACGAGACGGCGGCGAACGCGGACGUCUACGAGACGUGCUGCCGCCCGCUGCUGCAGGACGUGAAGGGCGGCGGCGGCGCCGUCGUGUUUGCGUUUGGGCAAACAGGCAGCGGCAAGACGUACACGAUGCUUGGCCGUGCGGGGGAGUGCCAGGGACUCUACGGCUUCAUCGUGCGCGAGCUCCUCGCGGCCGACGCGUCCUGCACGCUCUCCGCCAGCUUCUACGAGGUGUACGGCGUGAAGCUCUUCGACCUCCUCAACGGGCGCGCGGAGGUGCGGAUGCUGCAGGACGAGUUCCGCAACCUCCACAUCGUCGGCCUCUCGGAGCGCGACAUCGCGGGCGAGCAGCAGCUGAGCCAGCUGAUGUCGGAGGGGCAGCUGCUGCGGGCGAGCGGGACGACGCACGCGAACGACCGGAGCUCGCGCUCGCACGCGGUGCUGGAGAUUAAAGUGCGCCUGCAGCACCGCGAGGGCGCCGCCUCCUGCGGAAGGAUGACGUUUGUAGACUUGGCCGGCAGUGAGCGGGCCGCGGACACGGCCGACGCCGACGUCAAAGUGCGGCGCGAGGGGGCGGAGAUCAACAAGUCGCUUCUGGCGCUGAAGGAGUGCAUCCGCGCCAUCUCGAUGCGCAAGCGGCACAUCCCUUUUCGUGCCUCGAAGCUGACGCAAAUUCUGCGCGAGAGUUUUGUCGGUCGAUGUAAAACGUGCGUGAUUGCCAACAUCUCCCCGUGCCAGCGGCACUGCGAGGACACGCUGAACACGCUGCGCUACGCCCACCGCAUCAAGGAACUGAAGGGACCGGCUAGCGAGGAGCUGGAGCGCGAGGCCCCCACGCCCUGCCAGAACUGCGGCCUCCCCAUCUUCGCUGGAGACAAGCAUGUGUGUCUGCGCCUCAACGCGCAGUGUCCGCACUGUCGUCAGGAGAUGGCAAAGCAGGAGCUUGAGGCGCACUUUGCAGAGUGCAGGGAAUUCCCCAUGCGUUGUCCGCACUGCGGCGAGCGGUUGUUGCGUGCGGAGCUGCCGCGCCACAACCGUCGCUGCGCCAGGUUUCCCGUGCGCUGCCCGCUCUGCUCCUGCCACGUCCUUCGCAGCGAGCUGGAGAAGCACACGCUGACGGAGUGCGUCGCCGGCAAAGAAAAGUGUCGCCACUGCGGGGUGCAACUCCCCCGCCACGCGGUGAUCUCCCAUGAGCUUGGGUGUGAGAUGAGGAAAGUAGCUUGCGUUUUUUGCCUUCGGUACAUCCGCAAGUCGCGGCUGGAGGCGCACAUGGCGGAUUGCCCCAAAAAUCCAAAUCGCAGGGCCGACUUCUCGCCGCGGCGCCCGGAGUCAUCGGCGUCGACGGCCCCAUCGCCCGACGGGGAGGCCCGCGGGGCGCGGGAGCAGCAGCAGCGGCGCCUGGCCUCCGGAAAAGAGGGCCAGCAGCAAAGGCUAGUAAGGCGCCUCUACGCGGGCGCCGAGAGCGACGCUGGGACGUCUCCGUCGCCGGCCCCCUCCAGUUCGCGGGAGGACGUGAAGUGUGACUGCCCCUACGCCCGCUACGGCUGCACUCAGAAGGUGUCUAGAGCAGCCCUGGCUGAGCACCUGAUGCAGGCAAUGGCUAGGCACCUGCGUCUGGUGUCCAGCUACGCUGACCAAAUGGACAUGGAGAACGCCGCCUUACGCCGCCUUGUGAUUACAAAUAGUGAGGGCCCCGAGCCGCAUUGA